UUUCGUGCAUUAUUUCCUUAUACACAUUUUCAUCAAAGAAACACGAUAAUUAUUUAAAGGAAAGGACUUUACAAGCGGAUAAAACCACCCUUUUAUUCCUUCCUAUAAUUUGUAUUGUAUUUUGUAAAAAAAUGUCUUUUUCUAAUCGAUCAUAUCAAUUCCGACUCUACAAGGAAAGAAGGUUAAGAAGAAAAAUUAUAAAUCAUUAUCGAAGAUUCGCAUCGAAUAAUAACAUGCUUAGAAGGAUUUCAAACCUUCCCCAACAAAAUUCGACUAAUUCAUUCGUAAAUCAACUAUUUAAUGGGUCGACAUUCUAAUAUAAUUUCGACCUAAAAAAUUUUAUUAUACCUUUUUUUAACGUAUCUUAAAAUUAUAUUUUUUAUUACGAUUA